AUGGAGAGCCUAGUUGUCGAUUGGACCUGGGAUACAGGCAACUAUCCUGUGGCCGUCGCCAGUUUUGUCUUUUCGCUACUCCUCCACUCGUACAUAAGCCCGUUUCUGACCAGCAUAUUGGUCCAGACUGUAUCCAGUCUGCCCCAUGGCAAGCAGCUCUACUGGCAUUCCAGUGUUGUGUCAAGUGUUCAUGCCAUAGUCGUGAGCUCAUUCUGUGUAUAUUCAUUUAUGACUGAACCACAGCUUAAAGAAGAUCUAAUAUGGGGUGACAGUAAAACUGUAAAGAUCUCUUGUGCAAUAGUUAUAGGUUACAUGACUGCGGAUACAAUAAUCAUGCUGCGAAUGCUGCGAUAUAGACAGGAUGUUUGUAACAAAUACAAAUUCUUUCUCUGCCAUCACGCAGUAUCUGUGUUUGCCUACUUUUAUGUCAUGACAUUUGGAGUGUACGUCUACUUUGCUAAUUUCCGACUGAUGGCUGAGUUUUCCACAGUGUUUGUGAAUAACAGAUGGAUGAUGGCAGCGAUCGGAGGGAAAUCUAGCCAGCUGUAUUUUUACAAUGGCAUGGUACUGACCGCAGUGUUCUUUGCGUGCCGCAUCCUAUGUAUGCCCCAGUGUUGGUACAUGAUAUAUUCCAUAUACAAUACUGAGCCAUUCAUGAAGUCAGAGACUGCACGCUAUGUUCUGAUUUCCUCAUGCUUUGCUCUGGACAUUUUGAAUGUUUACUGGUUCUACAAGCUCUUGAAAGGUGUCUUGAGGACUCUAGAACAGCGUAAAUUAGAUAACAAUAAGAACAAGGAGCGGAAAUCAGAAUAAUUUGUGAUAUUUGUUGAGACAUUGUGAAGGGAAAUGUUUUGUUAAUCAUCAGUGAAGUACAGGCAUCAUUGAAGAGUAAGGCUGCGUAUUUUGCUUGUAUAUCUUACAAGAUCCUUUUGAAACAAACAAAAAUAAGGUGAUUGAAGCAGAACAAUUUGUGAUAUUUUAAGAAACAGUUUUUUAUGCAUUUGUCAAAUAUUCAAAGCACUUGUUUGUUUUUAUGCCCCCGAAAGAGGGCAUAUAGUGAUCGGACGGUCCGUCCAUCUGUCUGUCUGUCUUUCCAUCACACUUUGCGUUGAGGUUUUGCGUUUAGGUUUUGGAAAAUGCUCAUAACUUCUAUGUUGCUUCAGAUAGCAACUUGAUAUAUGGCAUGCAUGUGUAUCUCAUGGAGCUGCACAUUUUGAUCGGUGAAAGGUCAAGGUCAUCCUUCAAGGUCAAAGGUCAAAUAUAUGGCUUCAAAGCGGCGCAGAAGAGGGCAUUGUGUUUCUGACAAACACAUCUCUUGUUAUUCUUAAACCUGGUAAGUA